UGCAAGUGGAAAGUUGAUAAGUCAUUUUCCAUUGGUGAUCUGGCAGACAGGAUCAGGCACUCAAACAAAUAUGAAUGUAAAUGAGGUAAUUAGUAACCGUGCCAUACAAAUGAUGAAUGGUGUAAUGGGAAGCAAGUUUCCGAUACAUCCAAAUGAUGAUGUCAACAAAAGCCAGAGCUCUAAUGAUACAUUUCCAACUGCUAUGCAUAUUGCUGUUACUAUAGAGAUAACCAAUCGUCUGCUUCCUGGAAUGGAUCAAUUAAUGAAUGGACUUUACCAGAAAUCCAAAGAGUUCGAAAAAAUUAUCAAAAUAGGAAGAACUCACACACAGGAUGCAACUCCUCUAACUCUAGGUCAAGAAUUUAGUGGUUACACAACCCAAGUGCAAUAUGGAAUAGAACGAGUGAAAGCCACAUUACCAAGACUUUACCAGUUGGCUGCAGGUAAUUAUUGAUUUUGAUAAUGGCAG